GACAGCCCGCGUGCGGAGGGAGGGAAACGAGGGUGGGAGUAGAAGAGCGAGAGUGAAAGAGAGAGAGAAAGAAGGAGCAAAGAAAGAAAGAAGGAAAGAAAACAAAAGAAAAACCAAGCAGCAACAGAAAGCGGUGGAAAAAGCGCGCGUGCCACCUGUGAAGGAGUAAAGAAUGCGCAAGAGACGGACAACAAGAGCAACAACAACACGCGCGCGAAAGCGAGAGUGACGCGCGAGACACAGAGAGAGUGAGACGCGCGCAACAGACCCCUCGGAUUUACCGGUUGUUUGCCCCCCUCACGAAAGGGAGCGCACGCAGGGAUAAAGGCGAGGCGCUGUGAGGGUUCUCUAGUCCAGGCGCGCCGGUGCGCCUUGCCCUCAAGGGGGUGGGGAGGGGAGGGGGGGGGUCACAAAGAUGACCGUGGUGCCCGCGGAGAACCUCGACGAGACCGUGGCACUUGCUGCCCUGUCCCCAGAUGCCCAUGAGCCUGAGAGAGCGGACCAGGAGUGCUGCGAGCGGGUGGUCAUCAACAUUUCGGGCUUGCGCUUCGAGACGCAGCUCAAGACCCUGGCGCAGUUCCCUUCCACCUUGCUGGGUGACCCGAGGAAGAGGAUGCGUUUCUUCGACCCGCUGAGGAAUGAGUACUUCUUCGACCGCAACCGCCCCAGCUUUGAUGCCAUCCUCUACUACUACCAAUCAGGCGGCAGGCUGCGGAGGCCUGUCAAUGUGCCAGUGGACGUGUUCAUGGAGGAGAUUCGCUUCUACGAGUUAGGUGAGGAGGUCAUCGACAACUUCAAGGAGGACGAGGGCUUCAUCAAAGAAGAGGAAAGGCCGCUGCCUGAGAACGAGUUCCAGCGACAGGUCUGGCUUCUCUUUGAGUACCCGGAAAGUUCCAGCCCAGCUCGGGCCAUCGCCAUCGUCUCCGUACUGGUCAUCCUCAUCUCUAUUGUCAUCUUCUGUUUGGAGACACUGCCCGAGUUCCGGGAUGAUGGAAGGGCACGUGAGGAAGAGCGGGCAGCCUGGAACGCAACUGGCCGUGCUGACUCGCCUCUGCCACCACCGCCCAACCCCUUCACAGACCCCUUCUUCGUGGUGGAGACAUUGUGCAUUGUGUGGUUCUCCUUUGAGCUGCUAGUGCGCUUCCUGGCAUGCCCUAGUAAGGCGGCCUUCUUCAGAAACAUCAUGAACACCAUCGACAUUGUGGCCAUCAUGCCCUACUUCAUCACACUCGGACUGGAGCUGGCUGAACACCAGGGCAAUGGCGGGCAGCAGGCCAUGUCUCUGGCCAUCCUCAGGGUCAUCCGACUGGUGCGCGUGUUCCGCAUCUUCAAGCUGUCAAGACACUCCAAAGGCCUGCAGAUCCUUGGCAAGACCCUACAAGCCAGCAUGCGGGAACUGGGCCUGCUCAUCUUCUUCCUCUUCAUUGGGGUUAUUCUGUUCUCCAGUGCUGUGUACUUUGCAGAGACUGACGACCCGGCAUCUGGUUUCAGCAGCAUCCCGGAUGCCUUCUGGUGGGCUGUGGUCUCUAUGACCACUGUGGGUUACGGGGACAUGUGCCCAGUGACUAUUGGGGGCAAAAUUGUGGGCUCUCUUUGCGCCAUCGCUGGUGUGUUGACGAUUGCACUACCAGUUCCUGUAAUUGUGUCCAACUUCAACUACUUCUACCACAGGGAGACAGAGCACGAGGAGCAGUUGCAAUACACUCAUGUAACAUGUGGUCAGCAGCAGCAACAGCAACAGUCAUCAUCGUUCGGUGAACUCAGGAAGAGCUCGAGCAGGCCUUCCCUCACCAAGUCUGAGUACGCUGAGUCAGAAGAUGCAGACUCGAUCAAGUACACAAACUGCAGCCCUCACAAGGCGUACACUGGAAAGCUCACAGACGUGUGACUUUGGGGGGGCUAAAGAAAGCAAAAAAAAAGAGAAGAGAGAAAAAAGACAAACAAACAAAGAAAAACUACAGAGUGUGCACUGGUGGCACAACUGACUCUCCAUGAAUUUCUUCAUCCCUCCUGCCUCUCUUUGCGCUCCAGUUUGAGUCCAUUUGGCUGAGCUCUGGUGUCCAAGCGUGUCGCAGCAAAAACAUGGAAUAAGACGCGGAAGUGGAUGAUUGUCUUGCUUUUGGUUUAUGUUUAUUUGUUUUUCUUGUUUUCUACAAACUUGUCUGCCAUAUUGGCGACCAUCGGUAUCAAAGUGCACGAGGAGGUGGGACAUUGGGGGUGAGUGGGGGGUUGUGACUGUCGCCAGCCUCAAAUAGAGACCUAUAUAUCCAUAUAUAUAUAUAUAUAUAUAUAUAUAUAUAUAUAUAUAUAUAUAUAUAUAUAUAGUUGAAUAAACUUAGAAAACAAUACUGUCAAGCAGCCAAGCCCAACCUUGCAGGAAUUAGCACUUUACUUGCGUAAUCUUAGUAAUAUUUAAUUAUUGUUAUUAGCCUCGUUUUUUUUUCUGGGGUUUUUUCAAAGUUUACAUUUGAUUUGCCUAAGGGAGAUGAUAGGACCAAUAUAUCUGACAUAUAUACACAAGUAUUUAUAAUUUCUUUUCUUAUUUUUGUACCUGUGGGCAUUGCAACUGCAAUUGCAAGGCCACUAGAAUAGCCAAGGUGCCCCCUGUUUUUGGUGGUCACUGAUUAGUCAUGGCUGAGAUGGUGAGAGUCUGGAAUAAUGUCAGGGAUGGUGUAAGUCAGUCAUGGCAUCAUAGACUGAUUUUGGGAAAUGCACAACAUUUCACUGUGCCCAUCUUCAUCUUACCAACAUGAUACCAUCAUGAUCAUCAUCAUCAUCAUCAUCAUCAUCAUCAUCACCAUCAUUAUCAUUAUUUUCAACAUAGCUGUCAAACCUGCACUCGUGUGUUUUGGUCAGAAUAAGAAUCAGAAACAGAAGGCAGAAUAUCUGCAUCAGCUUUGUAACCCCAAAUAUAUAGAGAACUGGUUUAUGAUUUUCAUCGUCAAUCUAAUUUAAUCUAAUUGCUUCCAUUUGAGCACCUUUAUUGCCCCAAGGUGAGUCCCACCAGCCUCAUUUAUUUAGGGUAUACUUCAUCACUUCAAUCACAAUCAUUCUCCAGCCUCCAGUGUUGACCCAUUCUUAAUUAUCACUCUGUUCCAGCUAUGCCAAAAUAUGACAGAGAUAUUCUCUAAUGUUCAUUUUGACACAGGGGUUGCUUUGGAUGCUUUGGAUGUUUUCUUGGACAAAAUGCUUAAACUUAGUGAUUACAAACGUGCGCCUUAGACCUGCGGGCUGUUGGGUUACGUUUCUGAACCGAGAGCUCCAUCUAGUGGGCAGAGAUGAGAGGAUUUGGGGGGGCAAAAAUGUGUUUCUAUAGCAACCUACCAGACUGUUCUGGAUUUCUUGACAUCAGGCAGUUUUGUUGCCUUAAAUUAUUGUUGUUUUUCGUUCACGUACAAAACAGCAAAGGUGGGUUUGUCGCUUCUAAUUGUGCUGCUUCAUAAUGCCGACUAACGUAAUGUAGAUACAAAAUGAAAGGAGAUGAGUAGAGCAUAUAUAUAUAUCUAUUUGGCAGCUAGAGAACCCCUACCAACAUUGCAUUGUCUGCAAUGUCAAUGUCUGAUGAAAGGAACUGACAAGAACACUGUCGUCUAGUCUUGGCUCCUUUUGGGAAGUAGCGAAACUAGUGAAAACGUCAUGCUGACUACUCUGGACUACAAUUCAAUAGGUCUUUCUCUCAAUCUGUUUUCUUCAAGGAGACUGGGAAGGGAGGAUGGUGGGGUGGUGGGAUUGUAUAGGUUGGGUUGGAUUGGGGGUCGGUUGAUUGGUUGGUUUGUACAGAAAGCAAACGAAAAAAAAAAAUGAUGGCACCACUUAUGACAUGUGAUGACACCAUUUCCUUGCUUGAUCUUGGGGGAAAUCAUCUACUGCAUACAGAGAUCUACUCUGCUACUGGUUUAAAACAACAAAAAAGGGAUUUGGCAACGUUGGAAUUGGUAUUUCCAAAGCAGGAGCAGGACAAUGGUGAGGAGAACUGGCACUAGACUGUGGCACGAGGAGCUCAGACUGGGAGGGAGUCCUAUUGGCUGGACUGGCUGGAUUAGGAGGAGCUGCAUGCAGCCAAUCAGUGGAUGUCAAUAGGCAAGAUGGGAGUACGGAAAUAUGUGCAAUUUUCUUCUGGUUACGGCUCUGCAAAAACUGCUUCAGCAACUGCACCCACUCUCUGCUCUCCAACAGGAGAUGGUGGAGGAGGUUUCUGCAAUAUAAAGCAAGGAGCAUGGAGAUGAUCUUUCCCAGAGGUUUCCAGAUCAACACAGUGAAGAAAAAACCAACACGGCAGCCACCUCAACCCCUCCACCGACUCUGACGCCAACCUCAACCAGGCCACGGUCUCGCGCUUCAAAACGACACUGUAAUACUGUAAUAAUGUGAAUGCAGGCACGCUGGUGUUCAGAAGAUCCAUAAGCAAGACCAAAAGCCUGCAGAAAAAGCUCUUUCAGAAAUGGACAGCACCUCCCCGGAUCUUGGUACAGGGGGGCUUUUCGUGCUGAAGUGGAGUCUAUGAUGGACAAUGAGGUCUUUGAGGACGACCUGUGGCUUACAGACAUGCUGAACUGAGGUAGAGGAGAAUUUACUUGAAUCACAGAUCAUCUACGUAUAUGCUUUAUGAGACACUGAACGUGUUUUCUUGAUGUCUUUUAGGAAACAACAUGCUGUAAUAACGGGAGUGAGUGUGGGUGGGUGGGUGUGUCUUUGGGUGUGGCUGUCUGCCUAGGUGUGUGUGUGUGUAUGUAUGUACUGUAAGUGUGUGCAUGUAUGUUCUCACAGGUACACAUCAAGAACGUAUAGUCCCAUAUGAACAUUGCAUAUCAUGUGCUAAACCAAAUCAUACUGCAUGCUUGGAAAUUCAGAGCAUGCACUCAGAAAAAAAAGUAUACUAUUAUAGUAAUAAAAAAGGCAUUUUCAUUUUCUCUCUUUGUUAAGCAACUCGCACUUGUCAAUAUCUAAAAAAAAUAGUUGCAUCCAGAAGAAGAAGUUUUGGAUUGGUCAUAUUUAUUAUUAAGCUUCACAUACAGAAGAGGUAGUGUGUAAAGCAUCUGUAAUGCUGCAACGUCCUAGAUCUCUCAGCAUAGAGUUGUAGAGGUUCCUAAUGGUGUCCUGCGAUAAUCCAUCGCAUGCAGCUUAAAAUUUACACACAGUUCCUGCUAAUUUUAAAGGUAGAGAUGGAGUGUUGAUACUGCAACCAAUAGCAUUCCAUACAUUUACCGUACAAUCCGGGGAUAGGUCUGGCGAUGCUUCUGACCAUAGAAUAGUAUCUGUGUCUUCAAGUCAAGCUCUUGAGAAGUUGUCCUAUUAGAAUAUCACUCCAGGAUGUGAACCACCAUAUUGACAUUAUGUUGGGCUGUCAAAAUGCCUGUAAUGAAGACCAUUAUUGGCAUUGUGCAAAAUUUCCCCCAACACCAUGACACCAGGGGUCCUACCGAAUAUCUAGCUCAAGGCACAUCGCGAUGCUCUUUGCUACCUUACACCUCAUCAACAGUCAAUUUUAACACCUUUUGCCUGCAUUGCAAAAUGUAUUAUAGAGCGCAAACCCGAAUUUUAACUCAACAAUAAACAGAUAAAAUAAUAAAAUAACAUUCCUGGUGUAACAGUGUGAACACACAGGUCAGAAUCCUCUACUGAGACGCACAAAAGGCCGCACUGUUAAGAUACAUAACGCGCCAAAGUCAGAGCUCACCUGGUUCUUAAAGAAAAAUGGGAAGUGGCACACUGAUAGGUUUAUUUCUCGCCACGCCCAAAACCCACCCAUGAUUAAUUCAGAGAAUUGGUAGAUGCCUUUUGCGUGUUUUGAGACAUGGUAUAUAUUUGGUGCCCACACGAUACCAAAGACACACCGACACGCUCUAUAUUCCAGCUGUGCGAUUGACUGGCAAUUGACCGGUGCACUACAAAUAGCUAAAAUAGGGCCCCAGGUCUUCCUACAAGACAAAAGCGGUACGACUACCCACCAAGAAUUUCUUCUGGAUGCAACUGUUUUCUUUUUUUGACGAUGAGUGUAUUAAAACAUCUAAACAUCAGAAGCAUCAGAAAACGUGGGAACAACAAGCGCGUAGAUAAAACAGUCUGGCUAACAUGGUUAAAUCUAUAUUUUUUUAAGGUAUCAUAUGUUUUAUAUGAAAAUGCUGACAGGUUAUUUUUUAAGCAUUCUUUUUACUAAAUGAGUUUCUUCUUUCUCAUGACUUGUUUUGCCUUGUUGGAACAGCGAGAGAAAGAACAGAUGAACUGCAGACUAACUGUAAAUAUUAUUUGCAGAAACAGCCUCACACUCUCUUUUCCCCCUCAGACUAAGGCUGUGUUCAGACUGCAAACUCAAAUCUAAUUUGUGGAAUUUCUAGACUGUAUCCAGAUUGAGUUUUGAUAGUCUGGAUGGCCUGAAACUACAUGAAAUUAGAUGCUUGCUAGUUAGAACCAAACCACAUGGCUUUGUUCUGUUCAGACUGCCAACUCAACAAUUCAGAUUGGUUUACCUAGAUUGUAUCCAGAUUGAGUUUUCAUAGUCUAAACAGCAAAAAAACACAUAAAACAAUUGAGUUUUUAUAGUCUAAACAGCAAAAAAACACAUAAAACAAUACAAUCUUUACAAAUCAGAUUCAAGCCACAUUUGGAGGGGGUUUGAAAUGCGAUUAUAGUCAGGUUUUUAGAGACACAUUUCAGACUAGAUGCUCAAAUCGGAUUUUAAUUUGAUGAGCUUUUUUUCUUCAAUCACAAAUGGAACGAAUGCACCAAAAAACAUCAAUCUAAUCAAAUCCAGAGCGACAGAACAGUGCGAAGCAUCACGGUAGUGGUAUUAGUUACUGACACCAACCUCAAUCUCACUGCGAAAGCAAAGAAGCAAAAAUCCACUCUGAUCACUUUUAAAUAGUGAACAUUGUCCACAAUCAUUUCAAUAGAUAUGAGAUUAGAAACAAAACAGAUUUGCAGUUUGCAGUCUGAACGCAGCCAUAGUGUCAGUGCGAAGUGAAAGCUGCAGGGUUUCAGAAUUCACCUUUCUUUCUUUCUUCUUUGUUUUUCUAAUUGUGAUUGUUCAUAUGGUUUAAAAUAACAUUUGAUCAGAUCAGAAUGCUGUAUCGCCUGUCAUGUUAAAAAAAAAAGCAUCUACCUCAAUGUCAUGU